AUGAAUUUGUCUAUUAAUGAUAAUGAUAAAAUGAUUCUGGAUGAUUAUUCAUCAUCUGCUGAAAAAAAUUAUGAACAAAAAGAUGGAAAUUCAAAAGAAGAAAAUGGUGACAUUGAUCUUAUUGAAGAAAGGAGAAUCGAUGAAAAUAUUGAUGAAAAACAUCUUCAAUCAUUAAAAACAAAAUUUUUUCUUUAUGAAUCUGACGGAAUUUAA